UGACAAGAUGGCCGGUGUGGAUUCCACCAUAUGAAAUGCAUUGCAUUGCGGAAUGUUUUGAUGGGAUGGAACGUGACGUGACAUGAUGGCCAGUGUGAACUGGCCUUUGUGCUCUCAUACUUUACAUUUUGAACGUAUUUCAUCACAUGAUUCACGAAACAGUUCAACUCCUACAUAUCGCGAAGACGUCAUUAGACUAAUUACAGUGAGCGUUUACAAAUAAUUCUUCUUGCGUUCCAGUCGUUAAUGGAACUGGAGAAAAUCACUGUAAGUAGUUCAAUGAAAAGUAUCUUCUGCCAUGCUCUUCACAGAAGUUUGCAGAGUAGGUACGUAGACAUAGAAAUACCUGCGGCUGAACGAAAUACCAUCGAAGUUCGAAUGAGGUAAAAACAACUCCCAUUUAGUUGUAAGUAGAACUGGCGUCAUGAGGAGGUGAUAAAACAUUUCCCUCUCCACAUUUUACAGAUAAAGUGUGGCAAUAUUUGGCAACAAGGGCCCUGAUUGAUGAAAAAUUUGAGUUGGGCUGAUAUCGAACGAGAAUCGUCUUGCAUGCGUCAUAGAUAGUCUCGAAUAUUCACUCUCUACCACUUACAUCCGACGGUUACAAAUAAUUAAACAGGUGCAUUUUCUAUACAUGACCAGUUAUCACUGAGAUCAUUCAGCUCCUACGUUUGUGUAAGAAUUAUCUGAGGUGUUAUUUAGCGGCAGGUCGCCGCACGCUUCAGUGCGGUGCGGUAUCGGCAUGUGAGUUGUGAGGUCUUGUUUGGACUUGUCAGGUUGCCUUUGUGUAUUGUUGGUUGGAAGUGAUUUGUGUUAGCCGAUAAGCUGAAGUUGGGGAAAAAGUUUCACAGGUGCUGCAGCUGAUAUAGCAAAUGUUCCAAUAUGGAUGCAGGAUCACAUCAGCAGGGAGAUGAUGAGGAUGAUGUCUUGCCAUCUUUACAAACAGUCACGAAUUUUGAUGAUGGAAAUGGUGAUGUUCCUGAGCCUACUGAUACUGAAAAUGGUUUUUGCUUUGAAGAGUCUCCAGUUGUUGCAAGUAGAAGUCUAAUAAGGCCAGAUGUUACUCGACUUGCUGGAGAAGAUGAUGCAGGUCUUGUGGUAGAAGCAGAGUUUCCUUCACAGGAAACGAGUUUUUUAAUUGAAUCAUUGGUUAAACAACUUUGCAAGUUCGUAGAGAAAAAUGCUAACAAACAGAGAGCUCUGUAUGAUGCUAUUUGUCGUAUUCUUUACAAACUGAAAUUAAUUGAUGGCACAUAUGCAAUAGAAGAACUAGAGUUUAUGAGAAACCGUUAUGUGCAAGCAGUUUGGGAUCUUCUUCAAAUUGCAAAGAUAGGAAAUGAACCAGGAGCAAAUAAUAGAUUGAUCAGUGUUGCCAGGAAAGAUUCGUUCAAGAAAGCUUUGCCCAGCAAGCUCCUAGUCCCUGAAAAAUUGUUCGAAUCAUCUCGGUAUCAAACGGAAUUUGUCGAGUUGGAGUAUAUAGCACAUGGUGGGUUUGGCUAUGUGUACAAAGCAAGAAACAAAUUAGAUGGUGGUGAAUAUGCUGUAAAGAAAAUUUGUCUGAGAUAUCACAGAGUUGAUAAUUUUCUUAAAAGCCUGCAAGAGGUAAAGCUUUUGGCUAAAUUGCAUCAUCCCAAUAUUGUUGCUUAUAAAGCAGCUUGGCUAGAACCGUUCCAGCAGAGUUCCAAUUUAGACUGUCAAAGCAGUAUUACUGAUGAUUCGCUUAGCACAUCAUUAAAUGAUGCCUCUGAUGGGAUGUCUCCAUCAAGUGAGAUGUGUAAUGGGCAGAGAGCAAAUUAUGCUUUGUCUGGAAAUGCAACAUACAGUAGCAGUUCUCAGAGCAGUGCCAGUGAAAGUCAUGAACAAGUAAGCCAUGUAUCUGCAUCACAUAUGCAUCUAAAAAGCAAAGAGAAAUCCUGUGAUUCAGCCGAUAAAUGCUCUUCAAAGUCUACAAGUACAGAAUCCUCAGAAGAUAACGCUAUUUGUGUGCCAUCCCAUUUAGAGGAAAUAACGUGUAAAAACCUGAAACGACUGAUACCACCUGAGAGAGAUUGUGCCACACUUUAUAUACAGAUGCAGCUAUGUGAUCAAACACUUCUACAAUGGCUAAAUAAUAGAAAUAAUAAAAGGAUACGCAUAGAUAUUACACAGUGCCUCAAAGGAUUUCGCCAUCUGGUUUGCGGAAUUGAGUAUAUCCAUUCCCAAGGGAUAGUUCAUCAUGACAUUAAGCCAAGCAAUAUUUUUGUAAAUAGUGAGCUGAGUCAAGUUCAAGUGGGUGACUUUGGCCUUGCAUGUUUUCUGCAACAUUCACACAAGGAUGUUGCAUUAUUAUCACAGCCAACAUUGUAUGGUGACCACAGGAAUAUGGAAAUUGGAACAAAAACAUAUGCUGCUCCUGAACAGCUUGAAGGUGUUUGUAAUCAAAAGAGUGACUUGUAUAGUUUGGGAAUUGUACUGUUUGAACUGCUUCAGCCGUGUUAUACGGACAUGGAGAAGAGCAUUCUUAUAAAAGAUCUAAAAGAUGGUGCUGUGUCACAGGAGUUGUGUGCAGCAGCACCAGAACUGGUCGAGAUGAUGAUACGCUUGACUUCAUGUUCUUUAGACAGAAGACCUACAUCAAAAGAACUGUUGGCUCAGCUGGAUUACUUAUCAUGCCACGAUACUAAUGAGAGCUCAGUAAUAAAACAUCUGUUAAGUGAAAUAAGCCAACGUGAUAAAGAAAUUGAAGAACUGAAGCAUGAAAAGAGACAGUAUGCGCAAGAAAUACUGGAACUGAAACUUAAAUUGGAGAGAUAUGAGACUUCCUAGACUUUACAAAUGUGCUCAAUUUCUACUCAUUGCCAAAUGAAUAUAAGACAAUGCCCAGUAUCUAACUAUUUGGUAUCAAAUACUCUAAUUAGAUGGGAGGGAAAGUGGAGCUAUGCAGACCAUGUGCCAAUUUUAAAAACUUUGAUUAAUUUCAUCGUAGUUUUCCUUUAUUAUCACUACCUACUUAGUGUAACAAAUGUUACUAACAUGAUUUUUUAUAAAAGUGCUUUCUGGGUAGUAGUGGAUGAAGCUUAUGACAGAAGAGAAGAUUCAGAAACUGAGAAAUCUUUCAAGUACUACAUUAAUGUCACACAUGUUGCUCUACCAUCUCCACAGGUGGCAAGUUAGAUAAACCAUGGCAGACAGGAAUUUAAAUUCAAACUACUUAAACUUGUUUCCUGUUUCAGUAAGUGUUUGAAGGCACUUCUGCACAAUUUUUGUUUUGUGGCUACUGUGCCUAUUAUUGUAGUUUUAUUUCUACUUAACUUAUCCACCAUACUUGGUGGUUUCACUUUUGGAGAUUAAUUUUUGCCACAUUACUUAAAUUCUAUUUUUACAAGAGGUGUGUAUCUUUAAGUGAAUGACAAGACAUGAUCUCUUACACGUUAUCAGUAUUUAAGGCUUAAUGUUACUUCAGAAGCAAUAGGGUAGGACUUGGAAUAAGGAUAAGUGAAGUAACAAGACUAUAAAAUGUAUUUUUGUAUUUGUUGAAUAAAAUUCUUUUUACAAGAAA